AAUGUGAUUAGUAAGCUAUAUAUUGAUCGAAUUUUAUCUUAUCUAUAUUAAGUGUAUCGUUUUAUAUUAUGAUAAAAUGAAACUCGGUUGGAAUGUAGGCAGUACGGAAUAUUGUUAAUUCACUUCCAUGUUUAUUGCGAUGUGACAGCACAGAUUUCUUGUCUGGUUUAAAAUUGUUAUAUCACAAGUAAGACUUAUUCUGUACCAUCGUUCUAGUUUCUACCUUUAGAAUUGCGGAUAAUGGGACUAGGAAUUUUUCGAUGGAAGAUAUUAUUGAUUGCUAUAUCUGUUUUACUUCUUUGGCAAUCCUCGAAAGUAUGGUUGAAUCUAACUCAAGAGAAAUAUGGCAUAGAAGCACAGCUUCAGGACAACCAGCUAACAGAUGACGAGAGUAAGCAAAAGGUUCACAUAACUGUGUAUUACGAAGCACUAUGUCCAGAUUCACGCAACUUUUUCAUAAAACAAUUAUUGCCAAUGUACCACAAAAUUCCAAAUAAUGUACAGUUGGAAUUUAUACCAUAUGGGAAAGCUACGACUGUGAAAACAGAAAAUGGGUAUGAAUUUAUGUGCCAACAUGGACCCAUUGAAUGUGGAGCAAAUAUCAUUCAUGCAUGUUCCAUAGAUAUCCUGAAGAAUACCUCCAUUCAGUUAGAGUAUCUAUCUUGUAUGAUUAAAAAUAACAUAGUGCCAGUAAAUAUCAUGGAAAUUUGUGCAAAAAAAAUGAACAUAGAUUAUAAUCCUAUCUUUAAGUGCUUUAUUGGAGAUAAGGGCAAAGAACUUUUGGCUAAAUAUGGGGAAUUAACAAAUGCUUUAACACCACAAAUUUCCUUCAUACCAACUGUUGUAUUAAAUGAGAAUUCUGAGAAUCAGGCAAGGAUAUUAAAAAAUUUACUACAUGAAGUGUGCCUACAAUUUAAAAUUAUGCCAGAAGGUUGUAUAUUAUAAAGAUACAUCAAGUAUUUAUAAAACAUACUUCCCUGAUAGAUUUGCAUGAAAUACAAUAUUUUUUACAUAAAUUUUUAUGUAUCUAAUGAAUGUUAAGAUCUAAACGAAAAAUGCCUUCCAAUUUUUUAUUAAGAAUAAGAAAUGAAAUUAAAAAUGUAAAAAUUCAAUUAAGUGAAUCAAAGAAGGGCAUAUAUUAGGUAUAAGUACAUAUAUAAUACUUUGUAGAACUAUUUUAAAAAAUUUUUUAAUUUUAUUUAUUUUAAGAUAUUGAAAUUUCCGUAUUGUUACUAUCUGGUAUGUAACAUAUAGUAGCAUUAUUGUUUGAAAAUUCCAAAUUAAAAGAUCUAGGUCAUUAGCCCCUAAAUUACACUUAUUUUAUGACUGAUAGUAAACUAAAAUAUUUAUGUUGUAUUAUUUCUAUUAAUGAUCUAUAUAUAUAUAUAUAUUUCAAAUUUGUUCAUGAUGUUCAAUAUUAUUUUAACUUAAAAUUGUUUGUCAUUAUAUAAAAUGUUAAUAUUAGUAAUACUUGAUUGCUCGGUUAUAAUGCAUUUUACGUUUGGGUUUAUAAAUAAAUUGAAUAAAUUAAGAGUUACAUAUAAUAGAGUGGUGAUAUACUUAAAAAAAAUCUGUUUUGGUAAACUAAAAAACCUGCUAUUCUCACAUUAAAAGAAACAAGAGUUAAUCAGUACUUUAAUGUAUGGGAACAAUUUAUUAACUUAAUAUCAACACUUUAUACAAACUGUGUCGCUUCGUCAUGCACGAUAAGUGAAGUAUGCCUUUGAUAUGGCGGAAAAUAUCUCACAUAAAAUAGAAAUUAUGAAUGUACAAUCUCAAAUACAGGAGAAAAAAACAUAUAGCGAAUAUUUUUUCUUUAGCCGAAUGAAUAAAUACAUUUAUUGGAAUUAUUUUUCAAAGAUAAACAUCAAAAAUAAAUAACUUCUUAUUCACGUCACGACGGAGUUUCAUAAAUAUCGCAUUUUAAUAUUUUAUAUAGUUUCGGACAAAAGAUUGAGAACAAGAGUGACUGAAGUAGAAUCUCCACUAUUUUAUUUGCGAGGAAUAAAUGUUUCGGGAAACGAUCCUUGAAGAAAACGAGAAUAUGAUUCUGUAAUAGAUCUCAAGCUUUAGUUAUUCUUGAGAUACAAUACUGACUUGCUUUUUCUUUUCAUUUUUAAAACUUAAUAUCGGUUCUUAGCGCCCGCUGUAAAGAACUUUCAUAAAAUUAUAGUUUAGACUAUGUAUAACUUGCGACACGAAUAUAAAAUUAAUAUUAAAUAUUGGAAUAUAUUCUUUUAACUUAGACUUAAACACUAACCGUCAAUGAUCGAUGAAACGAGCAAUAACUUGUUUAAGCAUUUAAAUAGGGAUGUUCUUUGAGUAACUUCUAUAUCACCAUUUACAAAAGGACUUUGUCGUGAUUCCUCUUUCCCUUUCUUUUUUUUGCAUCUUUACAAAGUGAGAACAUUUUCGCCGUAAAUCACUAAAUUUUAACUUUAUGUUCACAAUAACGAUAACAACUAUCAGAACGAUCGCAAGUGAAGUAAAAUAGUUUUAAGAGCUCUCCUUUUGCGAUUCGUAUGCCUUAAUAUCUCUAUAAAAGGCUUCCGAACCGAUGAAACUUCGUAGAUAUGUUAACGCGAAUCUUGACAGUGAAUUAUACACAUACAUUUUGUCGGCAAACUAUUACUAGAUGCCAUUGAAAAUGACGAUGAAGAUAAAAAUGGCUGAAACGAGAGGUCCAUUGGUUAAUGAAGGAAACGAAUUGAGUAGUUGU